GUUACCGUAGAGGUAGUUUCGCAGAAGCGCGCAUCUUUCUCGAACAGUACAACGCCAUUUUACCGGAAACCCGGGAUUACUUGUUUUUUGAGGUGAUGGGAUUGUAUUUACAAGCAGCUCUAAAACGUGCAAGUGGAGAUUUUCAAGAUCUCCCAGGACUAUUGACUGAAGCUUUGUCCAAGGCAGAACUGAUUGAACCAGGUCUGGUAACAGCAAUAGUAUACGUUUUUGCUGGAACUGUGACUGACUUAAUUAAUUCAGAGGACCCAUCAAAUAAGAUAGAUUCACCUGAUGUUCUUUCAAUAAGAGCCCUGGAACAUUUACGAUGUGUCCCAGAUGCUUCUGACGUUCUUGCAGAUAUGAAACGGAAGGUAUAUAUAACAUUGGCCACUUUUUACCUUGGCUGUAAUAUAAGUGGACAGCGUAUCAAGGGUAAUGUAGACAAUUCAAGUUUAGAUAAAGCAAAGACCAGCAUGAAGGCUGUACAUCAAUCUACUUUUGAAGAACACCCACUGAGUAGGUAUCAUGAAGUUCAGCUCAAUUUGGUAAAGUCGAUAUUUCAUUAUCGAUCUUCGCAACUCAUUCCUGAUCAAAGAAUUCGAUUUUUGGGUAAUGCCUCUAGGUACGCCAAUGAAGCUGAAUGUCUUGCAAAAGAUUAUCAGUUCGCGGAAAUGGUUAAAUGGAGUGAGGCUAAUCAAGCUUUGUACACGGAAGAAUUAGUACCGGCGAAUUCGCCCACUCAGAACCACGCGAACAAUGCUGAUCACAUGAGAAACGAUGAAACAGGCUUUAGGCCAGAAAAACGAAAGGAUGCAUUGGAUACGCAAUCGAGCUUUGAUGAAAGACGAGCGCGAAGGAGAAAUUAUGAUGCGACUCGGCAUUCUGAUAGAACGAUUGGCAUUGAUGAUAUUGCACAGCCUGCAAGUGAAUUUGAACCUGCCUCACCCCAAAGUGACUUUGUUGAAGUGAAAUCAAAAAGAACGCAAAAAAAACAGAGGGAAAGAGCCCGUGAAGAGGAGGAACGAAAGCAACGUGAAACAAAAAAGCAUAUGCAAGGUGCGAUGCCAAAACCCAAAACGAAUAAAUCUACCUCGCAAAACAAGCAGCACUUGACAUCCAAACCACCUAGAUUUGCAAGAAACAUGGGAGUACUGUGGACAUCCAAACCACCAAGCGGUGUUACUCCUGUAGCUAGCCCCGAGAAUAAUACAAUUACUGCCCUGGCUUCAGCAAACGUGGAACAAAAACGUGUUUCUCCAUUGAUGUUGGAGAGACCAAGCUCUUCACCACCACCUCCAAUGUUUAAUGCUUGGACCAAGCCACUUUCUAUCACGCCUGCAAAACCUCCCAAUGAAGCAUCGGCAGAAUUACCAAGAAUUGUCCAACCAGAUCCAUUGGCAGUUGAAAGAGGGAAGCCUCUACGUACGGAUGAUAGGAGACUUAGAGCCGAUACCAAAGACAAUGGCGAACCAAAGUCACAACCUAAUACGGAUAAACCUAAAGAGGUAAGUACUUUAGGGAGGGGAGAAACUUCCUUUUGCGAGGGGAGAAACCUCCUUUUGCGAGGGGAGAAACCUCCUUUUGUGAGGGGAGAAACCUCCUUUUGUGAGGGGAGAAACCUCCUUUUGUGAGGGGAGAAACCUCCUUUUGUGAGGGGAGAAACCUCCUUCUGUGAACUGUUUUGCCUUAACUUUUAUGCAAAUUUGCUUAAUCUAUAGCUUGCCAAUAAUUUUAUGGUUGUAAAGGUUAGCUUUGUUACAUAGGUUCUGUAUCUAGCUUCCAUUGGUAAUGAUUGGCCCUGUUGUUUGCGCCUGGAUAAUAAGUUGAAAAAUAAUUUAUAAACUAAUAAUAUUAAUAAUUUUUUUCCAGAAGAAUGACGGCAGACCACGCAGUGCUUAUCGUCCCCGAGAUGUAAACAAAACACAGAAAGCAAAACUACAAGUUAAGAAUGCAAAGUCACAAAAUUCAGAUGAAAAUAGAGACCAAAACAAGGAAAGAAAUUCACAGGUACGUAGCCAGAGUAUCAAGCCAUUUUCCCUCAAAUGCGGGUGGAUGAAAAUUAAAGAGGAUCUGAAACAAAUCCUUAUCAAGCUGCAUGUAAAAUGUCUUUGAUCGGUUAAUGAUAAUGAGAUGUGAUAUUAUUGUUUAUAAUAUAUUUAGCAGCCCCAGCGUGACAAUCGGACACCGUCAGGACGACAGGGGCAACGUUCACCUCCAGGGCAAUCUGAGAUGUUGAAACAUGUCCAUGCUAAACCAUUUCAACCUCUAACUGGUAUCUCUCCCGGAAGUGCUACCCACCAGAUUGCCCCCAACGUUCGUCAGGCACCAACAGUGUCAGGACAAAGUAGUGUGCCAACUGCCUAUCGCGUGAACAAUGCCGUGUUGUCCAUGCAGGCCACUGGUGCUACAGCAUUGCAAGGCAGCGUAUCAUUUAGCGAUCACACUGGGACAUCACCAACUGGAAUACAAGCCCAUACUUUACCAGUUUCCCACUUCAGUUUCCACCAAUUCCAGCCUGCUGUGGGCUCGUUUCCACGUCAAGCUCUUGUGCAGCAAUUACCACCACCCACUUACUCUGCUGGGCUGACCUACACAACCACUUUUCCCACCCCACCGCCACGAGUGUUGCCACCGAUGCCAAGUCGAAGGUCUUUUAAUCCGGUCGGUGCUGCCCAACCCCAAAUCGCGGCGUACCAGCCCUUACUCAGACCUCAGCAACCAACACAACAACAACAACAACAACAACAACAACAACAACAACAACAACAACAACAACAACAACAACAACAACAACAACAACAACAACAACAACAACAACAACAACAACAAAUGUUCAGAAAUCAACAACAUCAACAGAUGCAUCAACAGUUAAGCAACGCGUCACGAUUUCCUUUCUGUGACUCGAGUUCUCCAGGUUACUUCUAG